CGAAGGCCGUGUAGACUUCCCACGUCCUCUACGCUACUGUGUCUGGAAUGUUCAUUUUAUUCUUUGGUAUAGUGAUCUGACGUUGUGUGAAAGAGGUUUAAGGCUACUUUAAUUGAAUGGUAUUAUUUUACCUUGCAACAUAGAUUUUGUUCAUUGUCAUUCAUGUAAUCAAAAAUCAAACUAAAAAAACUAAUCAAUAACUGUAACUAAUUUGUUGAUAUUUUAUAUAGUUACCAAUGAUCUGUGAAGAUUCAGCCGAUUCUGAAGAGGAAAUUCUCGUUUUCGCGGAAUUUGAGGAUUCUAUAAACAUGGAAAACUACAGAUCACUACAUGUGCUUGGUAUUAGUGGGAAAACCCCUAUAAUACAAUUAGAUGACACCAUAUUCACAGGACAAUUAGAAAGCCCCCUUGGAACAUACAUGUUCUUUGCCAGAGAUCUAUCUUCAUCUAGUCUUGAUCCUCUUUUUGACAAAGUGCCAAAGGAAAAUAUGAAGUAUCUUUGUAAAACAGACAAAUACCUCAAAAUGAAGCAUACUUACGUUACUCUUAGGGAAGGUGCAGAAACAGGUGUUCAAAGUGAACCUCCAGAAGAUGAAGCUAAUUUGGUGCCAUUAAAUUUCAAGACAGUACAAGAUGCAAUAGAUACCUUUAAAAUAGAGUGGAAAUCUAAAUUACAAGAAGCUGACAUUAAAGUGACCUCAAACUAUCCACCAUGUGAAGAUCAAGAUAUGACAGAUUUAGAUUAUAAGAGCUGAUAUAAUAUAAGGCAAUUUUGUUUGUCAUAUUUUAUUAUGAAUAUAUUUAUCAAUAUUUA